ACUAACCAGCAUAGAAGCGACAAUGUGGUCGGGCAAGAAGUGUUCCGACAGCGCGGCGGGUACGCCGACGGCAGAGGAGGAGGUCAAGGUGGUGCUGGUUGGCGACACGCAGUGCGGCAAGACCUCGCUGGUCCAGAGAUUCGUGUCUGACACUUUUAUUGAGGCGUACACACCGACUGGAUUCGAGAAAUACGGGUACACGUGCACAGUCGCCGAUUACAGAGUGAACUUCUCCGUUUGGGACACGUCAGGGACGACAGCGUAUGACACAGUGCGACCGCUGGCGUACCAAGACGCCAGGAUCUUCAUGCUGUGCUUCAACGUGGCUGAGCCAGAAUCCCUCCACAAUGCUGCUGCUAAGUGGUACAGAGAAGUGCGCACGCACGGUGGCUCAGCACCUGUGCUGCUAUGCGGCUGUAAGGCCGACCUGCGCCACGACAAGGAGACCGUCGCCAUGCUGUCCAAGCUCAGGUCGCACCCCGUCACUAGCGAAGAGGCGCUAUCAGUAGCAAGACAGCUUGGGGCGACGACGUACGUGGAGACUUCAGCGCGGGCUUCCAGCAAGGGCGUGAAGGAUGCCUUUGAAGUGGCCGCUUUGGCCGCGCUGGGCAAACUGAACAAACAGCAGAUGAAGCAGCAGCAGAAGCAGGUGGGACGCAGCAAAAGCAAACGGGACCUAAAAGCCGAGCUAAAGGGGCGAGCGAAGAGUUGCUGCGUCAUGUGAUCCGUAGCCGGCCACCCCUCGCGGUGGCCGAACGACUGCUAGGCGGCCACCGCCCUUCAAAACUUCUCAAUCUACCGCCAGCACUAUGGCUUCAUCACAUAGAAGACACACCGGGCCCAAUGUUGCGCCUUGCGUGACACCUGCACCCAACGCCGAAACAAAAGUGUAUUUUGACGGUUGAAGUGACCUAUUCAUCUUCUGAAACUGAAUGGGAAUCGAAAAAGUUGUCGAAAUGUUUGUGAGACUAUUGAAAAUUUUAAAAUUAAGUGUGAUUAUAUUUAUCAAAUGCC